GACUUCCCCCUGCACCCCGGCGGGGAGAGAGCCUUUCGGCAGCCCGUGGCAGCAGCCAGGCACCCAUGGCCCGGCGCUGAUCCCCUUCCCUGCCCCGGGGGGGUGGCCGCUCACCCGAGGAACUGAGAGGAGCUCCAGGAGGAUGAUGUGCCUGGCGUUGAGGACGUGGCUGGGGCUCGGGCUCUUGGCGCUGCUCUGCCUUGGUUUGGGCCAAGCACUGGAGAAGAGAGUAGUCAGAAGCAAACUGGGGGAAAAGGUCAGCCUGCCUUGCUGCCGUGAAAUCCCGCGCUCAGAAAGCCUGCAGAAUUACCGGGCCUACUGGCAGAAGAAGUUUCCGGAGGUGACGGUGGUGGUGCUGGCCUACUCCGACGGGAAGAUGAUCGAGGCUGACAAGCGGUACAGGAACCGCACAGAGAUGGACCCCUGGGACCUCAUCCUGUGGAUCUCCCCCAUGGAAAUCCUGGACAAUGGCACUUACCAGUGUGUGGUUCAGCACAACUCCGUUGUUGUGUGUGACGAGAGCCUCACCCUCUUUGUUACAGCCGACUUCAGCCAGCCCAGCGUAACAGCAGAGGUGUCCGCUAGCUCCUGUGAAUCAGCCGAGAUGGUGAUAGUGUGCUCUUCUCACGGAGGUUUCCCCAAACCCAGAAUCUCUGGAGCCCUCAACAACGUGUCUGUGGAGUGGAAUGCCAGCUGGGUGUCCGAGUCCAGCUUCAGCCCGUACAACGUCACCGGCACGCUGGUGCUCAACGUGACCAGCGACGUCAAUGUCACUUGCUCCGUUGAAUAUGAUGGCUUGGCCAAGUCCACCAGUUUGCUUCUGGAAAAAACAAAUGACUGUGUUGUUCCUCCUGUGCCUCCACCUUAUAAUGUCAUUACUGCUUCAAGCAUUGUUGUUAUCACCUUCAUUUUGGCAAUCAUCCUGGCAGCAAGAUACCUCCCAAGGCGUGUUUGUCCUCACUGUUGUAAGCCCCAGGAUCCGGUGGAAGAGGGUAUGAAGGAAGGUACGAAGCCACCUGUGAGCCUCAAAGUGACAUCUGAAACAUCAUCUGUAUGACCAGAUUGCAUUUGCAGGUUUCUUACCCCGUGCAUUCCGCACUGCAGACUCCGCCGUUCGUUGUACAGCAAUGCUUGUGGCAUUGACCCUUUGGCUCUCUGCAAGGGGAUGGCAGCAGCAGAAAAACUCUGCUGCCACGACUGAAAACACGACUGACAACAUAAUCUCAUGUGAAUGAAGUCAAACAGAAGCUUUGGGGUGCUCUCGUUACAACGGGGUCACUGGAACCCCGGCCUGGGAGGACCCUCUGUGCUCCUGCAAUGGGGCAGAAGAACGUCGUCGGCAUCGACACACCAGUUCAAGGCUUUGGGAACCUCUGGCUUUGACGCUGCUUCUGUGGGAACCAGGGGCCUGCCUACCCCUUUAGCAACGCAGAGCUACCCCUUGGAACCCCCCGGACCCCAACACACAAGCUCAAGUCAGGCUGUGCCUCCAUAUUGUGACGGGGAGAAGCUAAAACUUCUUCUAUAUUCAGCCUCACACGAGUUCUUCAUGCUGGAGGACUUUGGAUUUGAACCUGACCAUUACGGAUGUAUGUCACUUCCCCCCUAAAGAGGCAAUAAUGCUCACGUUUUUCAUGAAAAAAACUUCACCUUGGAAGUGAGUCUCUCUGCCUCAUGCUUAUUUGCAGUGCUACGAGACUUUUUAGGGAACGAUACACACUGACAGCACAGCUAACAGCCAACUAAUAUUGCUUACCCACAGCAGUGGCACAAGUUCUCGCAGCCUUUCUCUCCUGACAGGAUGACCUUGCCAACCCAGCCAACACAGCCCCUCCAUUAAAUUGCUGUGUGAGGGCACACGUGUGCAUACAAACGUACGAGCUUUUAUGUGCAUUCCUUCCUACCCACACCUGUAAAGCCCCACUGAAAUUUGUGUUAAAGUCAGUGGUUAUCUCGCAUAUCUACUGUAAUGAAACGUAACUCAGGGCCUUGCUUCAUAAACAUAGGUCUGCUUGUGUUGGUACCUCUGCCUAGGGACACUUGUUAGGGGAGGCUCUGCAGAUUCUUGAGAGUCUCUCACAGUAACCUAAGGACUGACUUUGCACUGAAUGUUGCUGCUUUCUGCCAGUGUUCUCUCUACCCAGCCAGGACUUGAAGGAUUUUCCCUACAGAAUGCUAAUACUGGAUAGGACUCAUCUGAUCUGGCUGACAUUCGUGCCUACCGUGUAGGAAAAAUUGAUUUCUCAUUUUAAGGGGAAAGGAGGAAAAAGCCCCAACAAGCUUCCUAAGCAACUCUGCAUACUAACCUAACUGAACUCUGCCCUGAGUUUUACAGGUAUGUUUUUCCCUUCUGCUCUGCAAGCUGUACCCAUUCCCUUGCUCUAUGCAUGUUAUCAGGGCAGACCAAAGCCUGAAAGCACCUCCGUGGGAUGUAUUGUUGCCUGAGCUGUUUAUCUUCCUAGGACACAGCAAGGACAUAUUCCAUCCAUUUCACUUUUUUUUCUAGAGGGUACAUAUUGUGAGAGAAACUGCUGGAGAAAAUAGGAAGAUUAAAGUGGUUUAUGGAAUAUUGAGUUAUGAGAUCAAGUCACUAGUAAAAAAUAAGGCACUGCUCCCCUUCUACUCCUGCAGAGUUGUUUUGUCCCAUCUUUUUUUUUUUACUGCUUUCCCAUUGUACAAAGUGUAAUGGGAACUCCAGAACAUUCUUACAGAGGAGUUUUUGACAGAGAAAAGGAGAUAAGUUGGGUUAUAAGGAAACAAUACUCUGCACUUGUGUGUUCUGGUUGCAAACAGAACAUAAGUGACAGAAAUCAGAGUGUUUCCACGAGGCAGCCUGACCCUACUGCAGGACUUGGUGUAUGGGCAAUGGUGUCUCACACUUUUCAGGUUUCCUCUUCUUUCAGCCUAUUCGUGUUCCUUCCAGCACAAACUACCAGCUUCUUGCAUUCUGACCACCUCUUUUGGCAUUCACUUCCACCUCUGCUCAUUUCCAGCACCAUCCUUCCCUCGAAUCACAAUGCAAUUCCACCCUGCCAGCCACACCACAGCUCUGACAGGUUGUACCAGCACGUUUUCCCUCUGACUGUCCCAUUCUCCACUUCUGCUCCUGACUGAUGAUUGUGCAGCCUCCUGGAGAAAGGUUUGUCUUUUGCACUGUGCCAAACCUUUCUACAUCACCACAGACUCCAGUGACACUUUUGGUAACUCCUUCUAAAGGAAACCAAGUUUCACUGACAAACAUGUCCACCACCAAGUUAUUUUUACAGUCUUGAUGGGCAGGUUGUUUGGUUUGUUUUUCCUUAAGCACUAAUACCCUGAGUCCUGUUUUCUAUUGCCUUAUGCUGUAUUCAGUGAAUUGCACACAAAUGGUUUCUGUGAGACCUUCUCAGCUUAAUAUCUGGGUCAUUGUAGCAGGUGAGCUGCUCUGUUUAUCAUGGGUUUUUUGUACAUAACAUUUUUUUUAACUAAUUAAAAAAUUAAUUGUAAACUCAGUUUCCUUUCCUCAGUAACAACAGAUGUCUACCCACAUGCUGAGAAGUGGUAGAGCCUUUCAGUUCUUCACGUGAGCCUCUGCCACUGUUUCACAGCUGCUAAAAACACACACUGUGUAGCUUCAAGGCAGGUGAUGCAGGGGUUGACAAAGCUGUACCAGGUACAGCUGGUACCAAGCCACAGCUCUGUUUGGUGUGCUGGCAGCAGUGACAAAAUGGCACUCAGGUCCCCAGCUCGUGACCUCACGUCUGUCAGUUUGCCAGGGAUUAACUGAGCAGUGCAGCUACAGGCUGUCCUUCUCCCUCCAAGCAGGAGGUUCUCUGCAAAAGUAAAAUGCAGGGGUAGGAGGUUCUCACCGUACCCCUGUUACCUGUGUCACCUACUCUGAAAGUGGAGGGACCAUAACUUCAGUGCUGUGCUUUUCCUGGGGGUGGAGGGAGUGGGGCUGUGGAGAAUCCCUUACAUGUGUAUUUAAAAAAUAAGCUCUGAACCAGCUCCUCACUCCUCACUGUCUGUCAAAGUCAGACAGUGACUUUGAGGGUAAGAAAUGAAGAAGUGCAAGGAACUAAAUUCAGCGGGAAACUGAGAAACAAAUGGCUGCUAAUCCUGAGUGCAGCUGGAAGCCUCUGCCUCCCCGUGCUAAAGUGCAGCAUAAGGACAUGUAGCAGCCCUCCCUUCCUCCCUUGGAGAAAAUCCACACAACUGCUACACCUUGGCUCUGCCUGCCCUCCCACAGGAGAACGUCCCUGCAUCAAUGGUCAGGCACAGGAAAAUUAGUAUUCUUUAGACAUCACAUCAAAUACCACCAAAUAGGAACAGAGACAGCAAUGACACAGCUAAUGUCACCAGAGUGCUGCACAGAUAAGAGCGAGGGAUACUGGGUGGGGAUGUAACAGCAAAAAAAUUAAAAAAAAAAAGAGAAAAGAGAAAAAGAUAAGACAUCACUGUGUAAGCACAAUGGCAAAAAGGUGAUUCAGAAAGGCCUGCUAUUUCCUUUUUUGAGGGGGCAAAGGACAACAACACUACUGUCACCAGUGCAUGCAGAGGCUAAAACAGGAAGAGGGAGAGACAUAUCCACACCUCUGCUUAUUCAGAUCCUUCACUUACACAUAGAAAAGACCAGAGCUUGUUGAUGACAACCCUGAAACAGAGGUAUUUCUUCAAUGGAAAAAUGAACAACACUGGGAUGUUUAAAAAAUUAAAUGCUCAUUUCAGAAGUCAGAAAACACAACACCUUCUUGAAAGCAAACAGUGCCAAAAAUCUGCUUUGGGUGGGUGGAAUAAGCUCUCCGGGAUCGACUGUUCAUAUUUCAAUCAACACUAAUUAUCUGUAAAAGCAUUCAACCAGAACAGACUUGACUACUCUUUUCCUGUGGGAAGUAGACCCAAACCCCCUGCCUGGAUGUAAUUCCCUUCAGUAGCAGAAAAAUCUCCAACAAAAAAAGGGAACCAGAAUCCUGGCAUUCUGCUUCGAGGGAACAGUGAUGGCCCUCCUGAGUAGAGACCAUUUUACAUUAACUACAGCCCUACCCACAGAUAACAACUAACAGCUGAUCUCUGAUCAAAAUAACAGACAGACCUGGCACUCUCCUGGCUAUUGCCUUUAUUACUGGAUAGAGGGAACAUCUGAUACUGCCACCAGACUGUAUUGCUCACUGGUGGGAUCUCAGCUAGACCUCUUCUCAUGGGAUAUCACUCAAGGAUGCUUCUCUAUACUUCUCUGUACUAACAUGAAGUACAUACUGUACUGACAUAAAGAGCUUAUGGACACAAUCACCACUGCUAUAUGGCUUUAUUGAGUGUCUUGAACCACAUUUCCCCAAAAAGUCAUCCCCCAAUUUCCAACUUUCAAAUGAAAUUAGAGGCCUUUUUAUUGUUAAAACUGUCCACAGUGCCAAAUUUUCCACCAUCACCACCAGAAAUAAGUCAUCUUUCCUGUGGCCCGCUCAGACUUAUAUUGAGGAACCCAAAACUUGCCUUUUUCAGGGCAUUUCCAUAUCAUUCCCUGCUCCUCCACCCUUCCUCAA